UGUUAAGGGGAUGCGAUGGCAGGAAUGUCGGUGGAUUUGCUGAAGUUUCACAUUGACGCCCCACGCUGGGACCAGAGCACGUUCAUUGGGAGGGUCAAGCACUUUUUCAACAUCACUGACCCACGUACGGUGGUCGUGUCGAAUACGAGGCUUGAUCAGGCCAAGGCUCUGGUGGAAAGCUGCAGGGCCGGCACUCUGCCCCCGGGUACGACGUUGGAGCAGCUGCACUAUGCCAAGAAACUAUAUGAUUCUGCUUUCCACCCCGACAGUGGGGAGAGGAUGAACCUGAUCGGGAGGAUGUCAUUUCAGGUGCCAGGGGGAAUGGCCAUCACUGGCUUCAUGCUCCAGUUUUACAGGACGGUGCCUGCUGUGGUGUUUUGGCAGUGGGUGAACCAAUCCUUCAAUGCCUUGGUCAACUACACCAACAGGAACGCAGCAUCACCCAUUAGUGCAACACAAUUGGGAGUAGCGUAUGUGACUGCGACUAGCACUGCCCUGGCAACCGCAGUUGGGCUGAACCUCUACACAAAGAAAGCGCCGCCUUUAUUGGCGCGUUGGGUCCCCUUUGUUGCUGUGGCAGCUGCUAACUUUGUGAACAUCCCAAUGAUGCGGCAACAGGAAAUAAUAAGUGGAAUCUCAGUGACGGAUGAAAAUGACAAUAAGUUGGGAGUAUCCAGGAAAGCUGCUAUGAAGGGUAUCUCACAAGUGGUAAUCUCUCGAGUUGCCAUGGCUGCCCCAGGAAUGAUCAUUCUUCCUAUUGUGAUGGAGAGACUAGAGAAAUACUCAUUCAUGAAA